GGGGCCGGGCCGGGCUGCGGGGGCUCGGCGGGGCUUUGCGGGGGGCGCGGAGCAUGUCGGCGCUGCGGCGCAAGCUGGGGGACGACUACCAGGUGGUGAGCACCUCGGCCAGCGGAGCGGGGCUGCCGCCCCCCAGGGCCGCCCCCCGCGGGAAGCGCCAGCGCUUCGUGGACAAGAACGGCCGCUGCAACGUCCAGCACGGCAACCUGGGCGGCGAGACCAGCCGCUACCUGUCCGACCUCUUCACCACCCUCGUGGACCUCAAGUGGCGCUGGAACCUCUUCAUCUUCAUCCUCACCUACACGGUGGCCUGGCUCUUCAUGGCCUCCAUGUGGUGGGUCAUCGCCUACAUGCGGGGCGACCUCAACAAGGCGCACGACGACAGCUACACCCCCUGCGUGGCCAACGUGUACAACUUCCCCUCCGCCUUCCUCUUCUUCAUCGAGACCGAGGCCACCAUCGGCUACGGCUACCGCUACAUCACCGACAAGUGCCCCGAGGGCAUCAUCCUCUUCCUCUUCCAGUCCAUCCUGGGCUCCAUCGUGGACGCCUUCCUCAUCGGCUGCAUGUUCAUCAAGAUGUCCCAGCCCAAGAAGAGGGCCGAGACGCUGAUGUUCAGCGAGCACGCCGCCAUCUCCAUGCGGGACGGGAAGCUCACCCUCAUGUUCCGCGUGGGAAACCUCCGCAACAGCCACAUGGUCUCGGCGCAGAUCCGCUGCAAGCUGCUCAAGUCCCGGCAGACCCCGGAGGGCGAGUUCCUGCCUCUGGAUCAGCUGGAGCUGGACGUGGGCUUCAGCACCGGGGCUGACCAGCUGUUCCUGGUGUCCCCCCUCACCAUCUGCCACGUGAUAGACUCCAAGAGCCCCUUCUACGACCUGUCCCAGCGCAGCAUGCAGACGGAGCAGUUCGAGAUCGUCGUCAUCCUCGAGGGCAUCGUGGAGACCACGGGGAUGACGUGCCAGGCCAGGACGUCCUACACGGAGGACGAGGUGCUGUGGGGCCAUCGCUUCUUCCCCGUGAUCUCCCUGGAGGAGGGCUUCUUCAAGGUGGAUUACUCGCAGUUCCACGCCACCUUCGAGGUACCCACCCCGCCCUACAGCGUGAAGGAGCAGGAGGAGAUGCUGCUCAUGUCCUCGCCCCUCAUCGCGCCCGCCGUCGGCAACAGCAAGGAGAGGAACAGCUCGGUGGAGUGCCUGGACGGGCUGGACGAGGUGGGCACCAAGCUGCCCUCCAAACUGCAGAAAAUCACCGGCAGGGAGGACUUCCCCAAAAAACUCCUCAGGAUGAGCUCCACCACGUCGGAGAAGGCCUACAGCAUGGGGGACCUGCCCAUGAAACUGCAGCGCAUCAGCUCGGUGCCCGGCAACUCCGAGGAGAAACUGGGCUCUAAGACCACCAAGAUGAUGUCGGAUCCCAUGAGCCAGUCGGUGGCCGAGCUCCCGCCCAAGCUGCAGAAGCUCUCGGGGGGCGGGAGGAUGGAGGGGAACCUGCCCCCCAAACUGCGCAAAAUGAACUCCGACCGCUUCACAUAACCCAGGGGGCCGGGGGCGACCGCGGGGAGCUGCGACUGCUCCGGGAAGGGAGCGGGGCCGGGAGGGGCCCCGGCACCGGGGGUGCUGAACUCUGAGCUCUGGAGGCAGGAGAUGCCCCGGGGGCGGCGCCGGGAGGCCGGCGGGCCGGGGCCGUUGGCAUGUACCAUCACACCACGCAUGCAAUACCAGUGUGCAACCCCUGCAUAUAGUCCUGUGGCAUGACUCCCACUGUAGUGACACUGUACAGCCCCAAAAGCGGGGGGGGGCCGCCCUUCCCCCCGUACCCCUGAAGGAGUAGGGCCAACACACGAGCGGGGAGCUUUCAGGGUAAGUUAUAACUCCAUUUGGGUCUUUUCUCUCCUGGUGUGGGUCGUGAUGAUUUGUUCAACUGAGUAGUUCUGGUGCAUGUCUUUUUUUUUUUCUUCUUCGAGGGAGGUGUAUUAGUGAAUUCCUGACACCGACUCUGCUGGCCUUAAAUUAACUGCUGGUUUCUAGUUUGCUUUAAGGUUUUCUCGGGGGGUUUGUUUCCUGUGUCGAGGCUACUGGGAAAAAAAUCUGUAUUUCAUAAGGCUUUGUUUAGAGAAGAAACUUGUAUUUAUAAGUCUAGGCAAGACAAUAAAUAAAUGAAUAAAAUUCACACUUUAGAUACGAUCAGUAAAAACUUUUUAAACCUCUGUGAUUUAUAAUCUAUGUGCAAGAAAACUGUUUUAAAUAAGCAGGAUGUGCUUGCUUUCUCAUGUUGAUAAAAUAGCUGGACGUGAAACAAGCUGAAUGUCUCCACGAAGCCGAGCAGGCUCUUCUGCUGGAUGAACUGCACCCCAGAGGCAGAGCCACCAUUCCCUCUGUCCCACUGUGCCCGGAUUUCCCUCCUCUGGCUGUGGUGGCCAGCUGGGCCAGCAGCCUGCAGGCCACGGUGGUCCCGAGCCCAGGGAGGCUCCUUGCUGCUUUUGCUAAGGUGAAAAUGAUGUUUAACCAUGUUCUGGACUGAAGUUGACCCUGUGGGUUUUAAAAUGAGUAAUACUUUGUAAAUGCUGGGGUUGAUGUCCUCUGUGUUGGGGUUUCCUUCACCCAUCCCGUUUGGCUCCGGCAGCGGAGUCGGCGCGGGAUGGGCUGAGUGUUGUGUGGUUGCCCCAUCAUCGUGGCUUCUGCUGGGGGAGCACCCUCCCCAAAAUUCCAAAGGUCAGCUGUUGAGGUGCCCGUGGAUCCUGUGGGCUGUGUUUGGGGCCUUCCCGUUGGCUCCUUCUCGGAGCAGGAGGUCUGGGAUGGAUGGAGCGAUGGGCGGCACCAGCAGUGCUCUGGGUAGGAAAGCUGCUGCCAAGAGCACCAGGAGAAGGGCUCUGUGGGAUGUCCUCUGUGUGGGAAACCCUCGGGACCACACCCAGGUGGUCCCAGGCGUGGCCAGGUGAGGGUCAGAGGAGCCCCCACGGCUUCAUUAAUGGCGGGGCCCUUCUGACUCACGGGCCCUGGCCCAUCCUGCACAAAUGCUGGCACGUGCUGCCUGAGUGGUGACAGAUCUGAUGGUCUUUGAGGGGAAAAUGGGGUUUGUUAUAAAUGUUGGCAUGGAGCAAGACCCCUGAAGCCCAGCACUGCUGGGGGCUGGCUCAGCCACCGCUUUCCCUGCAAGUUGCAGUGUAUGACCUGGCAGUUGUAUGAAUAACUUUGUAUGAACUUUGUAUGAACUUCCAAAGUUCCUUUCAUGCUUUCUCACCCUUUUUGAGUGGCACUGCAUGUUCUUCACAGCCGUGGCUGCCCCUCAGCACUCUGCACGUUGCUGUGGAAGGGCAGGGCUGACCCGUGCUCCACAUGUGCUGAGCCAGGGGAAAACUGGGCUUGUGCUCCCCCUUUUCCCAAAACUCCUUCAGGUUGUCUUGUAAAAUACCCCUGACUUCUGUGGCUGUUCUCCCAGUCCUUGGCUGGCACCAGGAAUAGCCAUGUCCAGUUGCCAGGUGUCCACAGCAGAUCCACCACCCAGCCCAGUGAGCCCAGAGCAGUGCCCAGCCUGGGAACCAGCCAGGGAGCCCCCCCAGCAGCCUGGGCACAGGGCUCUGCCUGGGAAAGGAGGGGCUCCAGCAGCUUGACCCCUCCUCAAAGCUCCUUUGGUUUAUUUGGGGUGGGUGGGGAGCAGUGGCUCCUUCCUGGGGGCUGUCAGAGCAUGACCCAACCAACCACUGGACUGUGUGACACUGGGCUGGGUGGGCAUUGCAGGGCCCUGCCAAACAAAAUAUUCUGUUCUAUUCUUUUUCUUAAUCUAUUCUAUUCUUUACCUAUUCUUGUUCUUAUUCUAUUUUGUUUCCUAUUCUUAUCCUUGAUCUAUUUUUAUUCUUAUUCUAUUCUUAAUAUAUUCUAUAUUCUAUUCCUAUUCUAUUGAUUCUAUUCUUGUUCUAUUCUUAUUAUAUUCUAUAUUCUUAUUAUAUUCUAUUCUUAUUCUAUUAAUUCUCUUCUUGUUCUAUUCUCAUUCUAUUCUCUAUUCUUGGUCUAUUUUCUAUUCUUCAUUAAUUCUAAUUCUAUGUUUAUUCUAUUCUAUUCCCUUUUAAUUAUGUCUCUAUUCUAUUCUAUUCUAUUCUAUUCUGUUCUAUUCUAUUCUAUUCUAUUCUAUUCUAUUCUAUUCUAUUCUAUUCUAUUCUAUUCUAUUCUAUUCUAUUCUAUUCUAUUCUAUUCUAAUUUUCUAUUCUAAUUAAUUCUAAUUAAUUCUAUGUUUGUUCUAGUCUAGUCUCUUUUCUAUUCUGUUCCAUCUCAUUUUAUUCCCUUCUGGUUUGUUCUGUUCUGUUCCACCCCUGCCCUGCUGCACUUCUGUGGCUGGUACAGGAGCUCAGGUGCAAUUUGGGGUCCCCUGGGGUGUCCCACCUUUGCUGAGCUCUCCUGCCAACGCCCUGUGGUGGCUCAUGGUCCCCUUGGCUUUUCCUUAUGGAAAACCCACCGUGUCCCAGGACCUCCUGCAUCCUCCCUGCCCAAAUCCAUGGGUUCCCAUGGCUGCAGCAGGAGAGCCAAGUGGCCUUUUCCUUUGGGAAACCUUGUGCUGAAUGUGUGUACAGAGUGAAUGAAGGAGGAGCCACAGGGAUGUGCUCCCCAAAUUGGACUGAAAACUGGGGACAGGGAGCAGAGCUGGAGCUGGAAAACUCCUGACAGUUCCAGAGCUACUCAGCAACCUCUGAAAAAUCCCUGGAAGUGGGUGAGACACUGGAGAAGGGGCCUCGUUUUUAUUAAAUUAAUGCCAUGAAAAUACUAAGCUAUGAUUUGAUUUUUUAACUCAAAACUCUCAGCCAUCCCCGCUGAAUACAAAAUUCCUGAGGUUUGGGCCUGGAUCAAGGUGACAGUGAGGUGUUUUUAAUAAGAGGUAAAAUACAAACAUGGCCAAAAACUGUCUUUAGUUAUUUAUUUUAGGAAGUCACUUGUGGUUAAUAUUUUGGUUUUUAUUGGUGUGGCCACUUUUUUUUUAACUGAUUAGCAUUUGAGCCCAGUCCUGAUGCUUCUGCUAAUUAAAGCUCCUGUUUGAUUGCACAGCCGGUCUGUGUCUCCUGCUGGAAUUUACGCUUGAAUUCUCCUGGAAAUUGUACAUAUUGAGAUCCAAUAAAGAAAUAAAGAAAUGCCUUUUCAGCA